AUGAACAACGAGUCCAGCACGCCCGCCGCGUCUACACCGACCCAAGCACAGUCACAAGGGACUCCUCGUGAUGGGAGCAGCUCACUUCUCACCAUCGUCAAGGCCCAGAUCGUGUUUUUACUCUCCACGCUGACGGAGGAUAACUUUGAGAGAAAUCAGACCGACAUUCGUCGUUUGUCUGACCAACAUGGAUUGGAGACUUAUCUUCACUUUCUUCGCCGCCUCAUUUCUGCAACCGCCAGCCGGGUCAUUGCGCCUAACCCUCCAGCAUCCUGGGACACGUCCACAAUCCUUACGUUUCGGCUCUUGGUCCAAGAAACCCAGCGUCUAGCUCGGGAUCCUUUUCUUGCGGAUCGUUUCCGUGAAGCAAUUGACAAGGCCGACUCUGAACCUUUUCGCCAUUUCGAACUCAUCCGCUUCGUGGAUCGUAUCGGUUUACAGCCCGCAGAACGCUUUGUUUUAGCCAGUUCCUUGCUUAGUGCGACGACAAGGCGGGAUCUCGUUCAGCAGGCAAACUCGCUCAUCCGCAUGAAUUUUGAGCAGGCGCGUCUGGCGUUGCUGACGCACCCCACGUUUGAAUCCGGAAACCUCAGUCCCCCUCAAGUUUCCAAAUUGCUUUCUAACCUUUUGUGCGACCCUCCUCAAGACGCACCUGUCCUAGACGCUGCUCAGCGUCAGGGUCUAUUGGCCGCUGUAACGCAAAAGUAUGGGGCCGAGUUCCUCAUCCCUGUCCUGAAGCAACUACUCCCACGCCUUAGUCUUCCUCCCAACGCGCGAAUGGACGAAGUUCUCACUCAGCUCGGACCAGAGCUUACGGCGGACACUGAAGUCGUGCGUGCGCUGUUCCUCCGGUUCAACAUUUCCGAUUCCAACCCUCCGACGGAUAUGCAAGUACUCGAAGUCAUGAAUCGACUUGCGCGUAAUGCGGUCGAUGGCAGCCCAAUGCCAGACAUUCGGGCCAUCGUGCGCGCGUUCAAAACUUUUAAUGUACCUAUUCAAUGGGACAAGGCCAUACGUGUGCUGGAUCGUCCUGAACGGACCGGUAUUGACACCCCGACCCUGAAGCUCAUCGUCGCAAUCCUAUCAGAGGCACAUCGUGGAGUAGCUGGGUUCUGGCAGAUAUGGAACAAUGCGCUCUAUCAACUUCGGCUUAUCGACGCUCUCCUUUCCCUCCCAUCUGACACCUUCUCAUUUUAUGGACUCCCAGGGAGGACUGUUGUCACAGUCGAUGACGUUGCCAAUGCUAGCCCGACCAUCAAAGCAUUGGCCCAAAAUGUCCAAAGUUCGACGUGGAACUCGCUUGAUCUCUUCGAGCUUCUUGUCAAGCUCGAUGAAAGUGACAGCGAUGCAGUCAAGGCACAAGUACGAGAGAUGCUGGACCGGGCGGUCAGAGUCAGUGCUGAGUUGGUUCAUAUGGGCUUGUUACAAGUUCCUAAACCUUGGAAUGCAGUCCAACGAGAGUAUUCUAAUCGAUUGCUCUCAAUGUUCCUUGCUGGUCAUCCAAAUCACCAGCUCGUGUUCAUGCGCAUUUGGCAAAUCGAUCCUCAAUACCUUCUCACGGCCUUCCGUGAUCAUUACAACGAUAACCCGAUCAAUAUUACCCGUAUUCUGGACGUUGCUCAAGAUCUUAAGCAGAUACUUGAAGCGCUUCUCGAGGUUCAACCCUUUGCCUUUGCCCUGGAUGUCGCCGCGCUUGCCUCUCGCCGCGAAUACCUAAACCUUGACAAGUGGCUGGCGGAUCAUGCCGCGACUCAUGGAAUAUCCUUCAUUCGAGAUAUGGUCGAAUUUCUGAGGGUGAAGGUUCAGCACGAACAAAGCAGAAUGUACGACAUGACUGCUUCGGAGAGCAGGAUGAUGUUACUGAAUGCUCAAACCGUGUCUAUCUUCCUUCGUGCCAUGAAGGCAUUCGCCACCAGUCCUGCCGGGUCUGCCCUCACGCCUGAGGAGCACGAACAUAUGAUCGAGGUCCGCAACAUUUGCCUCCAAGCACAUCCACGUUUAAUGUCGCUCGUCCCAAAUUCGGAUGUGGAGCCAGGUUCUACUGUCAUUGUCUAUGCUCCAGACAUCGAAGCCGAAGUGGAGGCGAUCUAUCGCAAGCUCUAUGCCGGUUCUCUGGCUGUAGAGGGGCUGUUAUCUGUUUUGCAAGCAGCUAAGGCGUCCGAGAACACUCGAGAUCACGAGAUCUUUGCUGGCGUUUUGCACACCGUCUUUGACGAGUACAAGUUCUACCCAGAGUACCCGCCACGAGAACUGAGGAUCACGGCUCAUCUCUUUGGGUCGCUCAUCCAGCAUCAUCUGGUUGAAAAUGUUCCGUUGGGGAUCGCAAUUCGCUGCGUCCUCUCGGCGAUCAACGAUCCAAACCUCUUUACCUUCGGCGUGCAAGCCCUUAGCAGAUUCCAUUCACGACUCAUCGAAUUCCCUGGUGUCUGUCACGAGCUCCUCGGCAUGCAACACUUUGUCGACUCCCAACCAGAGCUGGCGGAGCAGGUACGCAGAGCGCUACGCUAUGCAGAGAGCGGCGUCAUGGGCGAAAACGGAGGCCCGCUAGUCUUCUCCUCUAUUCUUCCAGAUGAUCUCAGUGCGAGCACUGUCGAACCAUCUGAAGAGGUUUCGGACAAGAUCUUGUUCAUCGUGAACAACCUUGCUCUAUCCAAUUUAGAGAGCAAGACGACCGAGAUGAAAGAAUGGUACAGAGAUGACUUGGCUAGGUGGUUUGCCAAAUAUCUUGUGGAGGAGCGAGUGAGCACCGAGCUCAACAAUCACUCCCUCUAUCUCCAAUUUCUCGAUGCGCUUGCCAAACCUCUUUUGCAGAAGUGCAUUCUGCAUGAGACAUUUGUCAAGUCUGCACGGCUCCUAAACGACGAAAACACGCUCUCUUCGUCUACGGAUCGCAAUAUCCUUAAAAACCUCGGAAGCUGGCUCGGAAGGAUCACUCUAGAGCGCGAUAGACCUAUCAAGUUCAAAAACCUUUCCCUCAAGGACCUCCUUCUCGAGGGUUACGACUGUCAACGGCUGCUUAUCGUGAUUCCCUUCACGUGCAAGAUCCUUGAAGGGACAAAGCAAUCUACUGUUUUCAAAGCCCCUCAUAAUCCUUGGCUUAUGCCCAUCCUCGGCCUUCUUGUGGAGCUCUACUUUAAUGCUGACCUCAAGCUGAAUCAGAAGUUCGAGAUUGAGGUCCUUUUCAAGGACCUUGAUCUAGUCAUGGACGACAUAGUACCAACGUCACUCCUGAAUACACGGCCACGGGGAAUAGCGGGAACGGAAGGGCCGGAAGGCGACAUUGGCGGUAAUGACCAAGGAGCCGUCAUCGAUGGACCUAGCCGAUAUAGCGCAUCCCUCAACGGAGAUCAAAUGCCGAACCCGAUGAUCAGUGAUCCAGACAUUUCCAUUCACCUUGACGGACUAUUGGCGGAAUUACGAACUCGCCUCUACUUUGAACCAGAACUCGAGAGAUAUGCGGCUAGCCCAAGAUUCCACAGGAUGAUCCAAAACGUGUUUGAGAAUGCGACACGAGAGACAUGCAUUGUGCAGCCCGUUGUCGAACGAUCUGCAAAUGUAGCGGCAAUGUCGGCCGCUAACAUUGUCUCCAGAGAUUACUCCACUGAAGGGGACGAGACGAAGCUAAAAAGAGCCGCACACAAUAUGGUUCGCAGGCUUGCAUCUGGUCUUGCCCUCGUCACAGCGAAGGAAGUACUUAGACAGACACUCGUCAGCACGUUCCGCCAAGAGUUGGCGGAUCCGCAAUGGGAGCAGGUCGUCUUCCCCGAGCAGUAUCUGCAGAUGCUCAUCGAAAGUAACCUCGAGCUGGCAUGCUUGGUCGUGGAAAACAUUGCCAUUCGACGAAGUAUCCAGGACGUGGACCGUAUCCUCGAUCCUGAAUACGAAGCGCGACGAGCCCACCGUCAGCGGCGCCCGGCGCAUCCGUUCUGGAAUCCUAAGAACCAGCUACCGGAGGUUGCAGCAUCUAUCCCAUUGCCGUUGCGAAUCCGUCCUACGGGCGUGACUGAUGAACAGAUACAGAUUUACGAGGAGCUCAGUCGAUCCCAAGAGUCUCGAAGCAGAAACGCUCGCCCAAUUCCUCCCAAGAUACCCCUGCAGCCCUUUCAGGCUCUCCCCAGAGGCCAAUAUCCCCCAGCGAUCACGCCCCCACCCUCCCAGCGUCUCGACGGUGGACAUCAACAGUCGCCGCCUAUGCUGACACCAGACCAAACGUUGACUGCCAUCGAGCGCUACUUCAGCGAGUUUGACGCGGUCUGGAACAUGGCUCGCGACGGCGAUACCAAUGGGCUUCCGAGCGGCGAAGACCUUAUUGAGCAAAUCUGGAUCACGAUUAACAAUUCCGAGAUCAAAGAAGAAGCUCAGCACUUCGUCUGCCAAAAGCUCGUUCAAGUCCUCCUAUCUACCAAGAGCGACGCGGCGCGGCAUGUGUAUGCUGGAUUCCUAGCGCAGUUGCAGCUUGCUGGGGUAAAGAGUGCCCAGGAUGCUGUGGAAUGGUUCCUCGCGACGGAAGACAAGAGGAAAUGGAAUUUCGCGACUAUCGUCGAACUGGUCGGAGCGGGGGCGAUCAACCUUGAUGACUAUGAGGAAAUGCUCGUCUCGGCUCUUUAUCCAGAGGGCGACCCUAUCGUCGUUCAGUUCGCUAUCCGACUUGUUCGUCAUUUCCUGCUCAGAGACUUCCCGGUGCGCACCUGGAAUACUUCCUUCCAAAGGACCUUGGAAGCUCUCAAGGUCCUCGAUAGGCAGGGAAAGGCACCAAAGGACGAGGUCCCUCUACUCCUUGACCAACUGCGCGUGGAUAUGCAUACAAUUGCGACCGUUAAUGCUUCCAUGCCCGCUGCUUUUCAUCAACUCUACCCACGACUCGAGGAAUUCUUCGAACACUGGGUACAAAUCUUCCAGGGACCAUCCGCUGACCGCGAUUUCCUCUUGUUCGCCACUGAACUCGAAGCUGGAAGAGUCCUCAAGAGUGACGAGACUACCGCCAUGUUCUUCCGUGUCUGUAUGGAGGUCAGCGUCAGCCGCUAUGUGCAGGUCACCAAGCGAGGGACUACGAUCAACCCAUAUCUCUACGUAGACGCUUUUUCACGACUCAUCAUCCUCAUGAUCAAGCAUAAUGGCGAGCCAAUGGACAAAGAGCAUAACCUCAAGCGCGUCCUCACUAUUGUGCUCCUGGUUAUUUCUCAUCAGCACGAGGAGUUUGGCGCGAGAUUCCACCAGAAGCCGUUUUUCCGCUUCUUCUCCAGUCUUCUCUCCGAUCUUCAUUCGUUUGAAGAUGGCUUCGAGACGGCUUAUUUCCCAAUGAUGAUGAACAUCUGCGAGACAUUACAUUCUCUCCAGCCUAUCUACUUCCCAGGCUUUGUUUUCUCUUGGAUGGCUCUCAUCUCACACCGUCUGUUCUUACCCAAGAUGUUGAUCACACCCAAUGGCCAGGGAUGGCCAGCGUUCUGCCGACUUUUGGUCGCCCUCUUCACGUUUGCAAAUCCUGUCCUCAAGUCAGGCGACCCGCGUAAUGUGGUCGGGCUCAGACAAGGGAUUCUUCGCAUCCUCCUCCUUCUUCUUCACGACUUUCCCGAGUUCCUUAGCGAGAACUACUUUCAGAUCUGUGAGGCAAUUCCCGUCAAUUGUGUUCAAAUGCGCAACAUUGUCUUGUCCGCAUUCCCUGGAACAAUUCUUCUUCCAGAUCCUCACCCAGCUGGCCAGUUGGAGGCUCUUCGAGAGACAAGCCAAGCACCUGUCAUCGCGACCGACUAUAGGUCCGCAUUGAAGGCGUCUGAUCUUCAUGCCCUCGAUCUUCAGCUCCUUGGACGAGGGAAUCUCGCGAUCAUGAAUCAGCUCGUCGCUCGCUUGACUGUUCCAUCAGACGAUACAGGCGAUAGGUAUGACCUCGGCGUCAUGAACGCCAUGGUUCUAUACACUGGAGUUUCAGCAGCGGCGCAAGCAUUUUCUCGCAGCGAAGUUGGGGCCUUUUCGCGGACUGACCCUGGGGCCGUGUUCAUCCAUCAUAUUGCAUCAUCAUUAGAUCUUGAGGGUCAACAUCACCUCGUUGGUGCUAUCGUCCUCAAUCUCAGAUUUCCGAGCCACCAUACAUUCUGGUUUAGCGAUCUGCUUCUCGACCUUUUCGCCCAAGUCAAAGACGAAACGUUCAAAGAGGUCGUUACCAAAGUUUUGCUGGAACGUGUGCUCUGUCAUAGACCACAUCCAUGGGGAGUGGUCAUGACGCUCAUCGAGCUCAUCCGCGACCCAAAGUGCGACUUCUUCUCGCACAAAUUCACUCGUGCCUAUCCCGAAAUUCAUGCAAUGCUUCGCAAAAUUAGCACCCACGUCGACGCCGCAUAG